AUGGUGGUGGAUAUCAGCUAUGUGCUGCUGAGAGCUCAAGACAGAAAGCGGAGAGCCCAAGCAGCCGGAGAUACCACGAGCGUGGCCGAAGGGACAAGCAAGACAGCAUGGCAAGCCAGCAAGACAAAGCCCGUCAAUCGCAGCCUUUCCUUUGCAGAUUCCUUGGUUGAGACCCCACCCCACCGAAUCAAUCCGAAGGCUUCAGCUGAGGACCUCAGUGGGGAGAAGCCGAGUGCACCGUCUGUGCUCAAGCGGGCGCAGACUGUUGAUGGCACGGGUACAAGUGUUCGGAAAGCUGAAGCUCUGCGGAGGCAGAAAGAGCUCGAAGAAGAGUUAGAAGAAGAGCGGUUGCGACAGGCAGGAGAGGCCCAAGAAUUGAAAGACAAGGAGCCUGAGUGUGCCACGGACCUGGAUGUUAGUUUGAAGAAGACCAAAGGAAAGUCCCCGAAAGCUAAGGCAAAGCCUAAAGCAGCAUCGAAAGCCGCUGCCAAGGCCGACAGCACUACCAGGAAGAACCAUGCCACAGCCCGCAGCUCUAAGGACGCAGCUCCUCCGCAGAGCCCCGAUCGAAGCGCCAAGCAGAGCCCGAAGAAGACCCCCAGCCCGAAGAAGCCCAGUACGGAAACAGCCGAAAGCCCGCAAGACCCCGUGGACCCCGCGAAAGCCGAGCUGAUGAAAAGCAAGAAGAAGGUUGCACACAAGCUUUACAUGAGGUUCUGGAGGUCGAUUCAAAGCAAAACUUCCAUGAGCACGCUGUACGAGGACUUCGUGGCAACCGGAGGAAAGUGGAAGAAUGGUGUCAUCAUGAAAACGAUACGGUCCAAGAAAAGCAGCGGUGCACGUGCAUGCAGAAAGUGGUUGACCCGCAAGCAGAUGCUGCAGUACUUUGACAACGACAAAGACCUGGUGGAGAAGAUUAUUGUCCGCAAAGAGAGCGACCCGGAGCUUCUCAAGGCUGAGUGCCGCGAUCACCCGGAAUGCCCAGGUUUGAGGCAAUACCUGGUCCUCGUGGAGGACGAAGAGAUGGCGGCCGAGUCUGUCGAAAUCGAAGAUUUGUUCCAAGCGGAAGACGACUCCGCUUCCAGCUCGGAUGAAAGCUCAGAGUCGGAUGACUCGUCGUCGUCCGAGGACUCCGGAAAGAAGAAGAAGUCGAAGAGGAACAGCAAGAAGUCCAGCAAGGACAAGAAAUCCAAAAAGAACAAGAAGGACAAGCGAAAAAGCAAAAAGAAGGCCAAGGGCAAGAGGAAGGGAAAAGGGAAGAACAAGGGCGAAGAUGACGAAGAGAAGGAGGCAGCACGAAAGAUCGGAUUGGAAGCUAAGAAGGUUGGGAUUUCGUCUCGAAUCGAUGCAGUUGCUGUGUUGCAUGUCAGCUAUGAAACUUUUUCAAACAAGCCCAGGUGCUGA